UUAAAGCAAGGUGAACUGUUCGCACCGUUUCAUUUUUCUCCCUAUCUUUCCGGAGUAACAUGCUAAACAUGGCGCCGGCCUAACUUGUCCAUGAUCCGUUAAAUCUCUCUCUCCAUCUCUCUGCAAUCAAACCUUUCUUCUUGUCAUAAUUCCUAAGCUGGAAUUUAUUGAAAAAUAUUUAACCCAUAUGCAAGUGAAUAGAGUAGAAUGCAGACAACGCAAUUGCAUAUUUUAAAUAUUUAGUCAAUGCAGCCAGGCAAACUUUAUUUUUUUUAUUUUAUUUUAUUUUAUUUAAAAUACCUUACAGGCCCAUUUAAGGGCAUUGGGUAAGGGGGGACACAAAGUAAGUGUUUCAACAGGAGUAAAUAAUAUAAACAUCAAUACAGGCUUUCUCCACUUUUCCUUAAAGAACAUGUCGCUUCCUCUCUCUUUCUCUAUCUCUAUCUCUCCAUCUGUCUCUCACCUUUUGUUUUCUCUUUUCAGUGCUUAACGGGUCCAAUACAUCAGUCGCAGUGUCAGCGUGCCGCUCGCGGAACGACUUCAGCAUCACCCACGUGCAGCUGGCAGUAAUAUGCAUCUUCAUCGUCUGGAUCACGUUAAUCGCCAUGUCUACUUUGGUGCAUUUCUACUGGGACAGGAAGGAGUCGUCGGCCAAGAAGAUCGCUGAUUCUUGCCACCGGAAUUUGACGGUGGCCAUCUCGGCCGUGACGAGCAUCAAGCGUCUGCUGCUGGUCCGCCAAGAGAAGCACAUGUCCGCCGUGCAGCCGCUCAAGACGGUCAGCCUGCUCUGGAUCGUCCUCGGCAUGACGUACAGGGCCCGGUUACUGGAACACGGCGAGCACGAGGUGGACAAGCAAUGGCGGCACGGCGCCCUGCACACGAUCGCCACCAGUUCAGACCUGGCGUACACCACGCUGCUCGUGCUCAGCGGAUACGCAGCGGCCAACACAGUCCUCGAGCUGCACAGACUUAAAGUUGGCUUCUGCAGGAGACUGCUAGCCGUCCACUGCUUAAAGAACAGGCUUACCGCGUCAGUUCUCUUCAUCCUGGGCGUGUUCGUGCUGUACCCGCUGUUUGUGGACGGCCCAGCCGCCGACCGGGUGCUGCCGCGGCUCAGCGACGUCUGCCAGCGACGAUGGGGGUUCGUGGUCGUGCACCUCAACAACUUGCAGGGACGCGGCGAGGUGUGCUACAAUCCUCUGUGGUACAUAUCGUGCGAGAUGCAGAUAUUCGUCGCCCUCUCCGGAAUCGUCGUUCUCAUAAGAAGGUUCAAGAGAACAUCGUGCAUCCUUCUCGCUUUCAUCGGCAUCGCCGCACUUGCAGCAGUGUCUGCCGCAGUGGUCGUCAGGGGAUACCAGCCUCCCGUGGCCAUCCACAGCAGGGAAUACGUGAGGACGCUUAGCGAAGUUGUGUACCUGCCAUUCCUACACGCUCCGGCAUUCAUCAUCGGCGUCCUCUUCAACAACUGGAUAACCAGGGUGUGCAGAGUGAGCAUUUCUAAGUGCGCGCGUGGCGUCUUCUGGCUCCUCUCGGCCACCGCACUGGUCUGGGGCGCCCUCUAUCCGUGCCUCUGGACAUCCUGGGUUCCCGUGCCGACGGCAGCGGCCUCGGUGCUGUUCAUCGUGGGCCUUCGGCUGGUCUGGUGCGUGGCCAUCGCCUACGUGCUGUGGGCUGCCACAACCUGGAAAUCCGGACUGGUCCGCGACGUUCUUGGCUCCCGCACCGUUGCUGCAUUGGGAAGGCUCUCGCUGGGCGCCUACCUCUGCUCCUGGAUGAUCGUCAUGCACGGCGUGCUCUCUGCACGCAACAAUCUUGAGAACGCUCAAGCCUUUCUUAUUCGGGACUUCGUGGCCAACACGGUUCUGAGCUACGCAGGCGCGUUGCUCUUCUACGUGGUGUGCGACGGGCCGGCACAGUCGCUCUGCUCGCUGCUGCGCACUUUGGUGAUCGGCCGCGAGGCGGCGCGGCGGAGGCAAUCGUUCGACGAAUGUGACCGCAAAGUGCGCUUCCUCUCGGAGCUGCUGGGCAUGGAGUCGCCGAGGACUGCCAAAGAAUUGCAGCAACCGCAGCAUGUGUCGCGGACGCUGCAGAGGUUCUCGUCGCUCAAGGACAUGGUUUUGCACUUGUGAACAUCUGUCGAGGCUUCAGACUUGUGGUGCCAACAGGCCUCGAGAGCGUGAACAAUGCCGGUGCUUCUGGACCUUACUGUGAUGACCGUGCGUGCUUUCAAGGACCCAGGACCGGGCGUCCACACGAGGCUAAUCGAGCCAGUGUCGGUGUCUUAGCAAGGAGGUCGCUAAAUUUAGCGAGUUUUUAGUCACCUUAGCGGCAACAUUGCCUUUUUCAAGUUUCAGUGACAUUUCUGUGACCUUUAUGUAGCGUGAACAUCCAUUAAAUUGUACUUCACGUUCAUUUUA